AUGAAGUCGGACCGAUACCCCAAGUGGGCCGAGCUCGAAGCCGGCGACUUCGGCUCCGAUUCACGGUCACGUCGGAGGCCGGCAAGGGCGAAGAGAGUGACUUUGUGUGUUGUAUUCUCAUGCCUCUUACUUUCAUAUCUGUUUUUCCCCAUAAGCGGUGCCGGGUAUAUUCCCCAGAGACCCCCCGCGUCAAAACCACAGCUGCCAAACAGCAUUGAAGAGCGCGUCAAGCACAUCUUGAGCCAUACACCCUUGAUUGAUGGACACAACGACCUGGCCAUCCUCCUCCGGGCCUACUAUAACAACCACAUCUACAACGACAACUUCACCAAGCCCUUCACCAAAGGCGGUCUCACCGGCCAUGUUGAUAUCCCCCGUCUCAGGGCCGGGAUGAACGGCGGUGCUUUCUGGAGUGUAUUCUGGCCCUGCCCGUCCAACGGUUCAGAUUUCUCAGACUCCAGCUAUGGUUCCAUCGUAACAUCAACCCUCUCCCAAAUCGACCUCCUCCACCGCCUCUCCUCCUCCCACUCAGAAACCUUCUCCCCCAUCAUCAACAUCUCCUCCCCCUCCGCUCUCGCCGCCUUCCGCAAAAACAACCAGCUCAUCUCCCCCCUCGGCAUCGAAGGCCUCCACCAAAUAGCCAACUCCCCCUCCAUCCUCCGCCAAUACCACUCCCUCGGCGUCCGCUACGCAACCCUAACGCACAACUGCCCCAACAAAUUCGCCGACUCCGCCCUCGACACUCUUCCAGACGACCCGAGAAAAGUCCGGAUCGCACCCCCUGUUCACCACGGGCUUUCUGCGCCUUAUGGUGUCGACCUCAUCAGGGAGAUGAACAGGCUAGGUAUGAUUAUUGAUUUAUCUCACACUUCUGUUGAUACCAUGCUCGAUGUCCUUGGUGGGAAUCCAGACAAGACAAACGGGAGCAGGGCACCGGUUAUGUUCAGCCAUUCCUCUGCUUUCGCCGUCUGCCCUCACCCGAGGAAUGUUCCUGAUCGUGUGCUUGAUCUGGUGAGGCAGAACGGGGGGGUGGUGAUGGUGAAUUUUGCGCCGGAUUUCAUUAGUUGUGUUGAGGGUGGGGAGGGUGAGUUGCCGGUUUUUGAUGGGGAGAAUGCGACCAUUGAGCAGGUGGUGAGGCAUGUCAAGUAUAUAGGGGAGCGGAUUGGGUGGGAGCAUGUGGGGUUUGGGAGUGACUUUGAUGGGAUUGAGAGUGUACCGAAAGGAUUGGAGGAUGUGAGCAAGUACCCUGAUUUGGUUGGCAAGUUGUUGGAAGAGGGGGUGAGGGAUGAGGAUAUGAAGAAGGUGGUGGGGGGGAAUGUGUUGAGGGUUUGGGGGGAGGUGGAGAGGGUUGCGAGGGAGAUGCAAGAGAAAGGGGAGCCGGUGAUGGAGGAUGAGCUGCAUAGUUUGUGGUGA